GAAUGGUUGGUUAUCCCGAGUCUCUUACCGACCCAUCGUACCAAGGACAAAUCCUUGUCUUGACUUUUCCACUCGUGGGCAAUUAUGGUGUUCCUUCACGCGACGACAUGGAACCUCUUCUCAAAGAUAUUCCAAAGUAUUUUGAAUCUUGCGAGAUACAUAUUACGGGUCUAGUAGUUGGACAAUAUUCUCGAGAAUAUUCUCAUCAUUUGGCACAAUCUUCAUUAGCGGAUUGGUUAAAAGAACAUGAUAUCCCAGCUAUAUAUGGAAUUGAUACUCGUGCUCUCACAAAAAAGAUUCGUACUCAAGGUGUACUUUUGGGUAAGAUACUAUUUCCAAAGAGUGUCGUUGGUAAUGCAGCUUUGGGUAUUUCGACAUCGAAUGAUCUGUCGAUUGAUGGAUUGGUUUAUCCGGAACCGUGGAUGGCUGAUUAUCAGGAUGUUCCAUGGGUCGAUCCAAAUGAAAGAAACCUUGUUGCAGAAGUUUCUAUCAAAGAACCCAAAAUAUAUACUCCCGAUCCGUCAAUAGCUAUCACGGAUGCAAAAGGUAUGACAUUACGCAUUGUGGCUAUCGAUGUUGGCAUGAAAUACAAUCAAAUUCGUUGCUUUGUUAAUCGCGGAGUUGAGUUUAAGGUGGUCCCCUGGGAUUAUGAUUUUAACAAUGAGAAAGACUAUCAUGGAUUAUUUAUUAGGCAAGCUAAUGGCCCUGGUGACCCAACAAUGGUAAAACAAACCGUUGAACGUCUUAAGGUGGCAUUGAAAGAAGUCAAAACUCCGAUUUUUGG